AUGACUACACAUAAAAUAGCCGGUUUUAUUGAGUUUAAUCAAUUAAUUAUGAAGGAAAGAGUUAACGAUAUUCGAAACCGCUUACAGUCUGCAUUAUUGGAAAAAACUUGGGACGAAAGUCAGGAACAUCCUUUGCAUGAAAUAGCCUAUUACCCCGUUUGCAGUUCUGAGUUCGAUGAAUCAUCUUGGGCACAUGACAAUAACAUUACGAUUCGCUUCUCAGACACACUGUUUGAACCAAACACUGAUCGCAUUAAUUUGGACAGCGCCGUUUUACGUUUAUACAAAAUAAAUCCCAACUUUACAUCAAAUUAUCCAAACGUGGAAGUAGCUGAAGUUGAAAGUCGUAAGAACAAACGUUGUGCUGAACCAGUCUUGGACACACAAAUUCGAAUAACAGUCUCGAUUGUACAACAGCUGCGUCGCAAUAAACCAGAACGAAAGAAGCGCAUCUGUAACACUGUAAUGAUGAACUCUUCAAGCAUUGGCUGGGUAGAGAUUGAUAUAAAACGUGCCAUUUACAUAUGGGAAACUGUUCAAAAGCAACAGAACUUACAACAAAUGUCACAGACACGUCAACCGGUGCUCAUUGGUUGGCUAAUGAUCGAAGUGCAUGACGAGGAAGAGCGCCCACUCAAGCCGGGUUUAUAUUUUAACCCACCUAAAUGUGAAGAGGCAGGUCUUGCCAUCCCGUGGAAUUUCUACAGAUUUCAACCGUCUAUGUCUUCGUAUACAACAAACGAAGUGCCAAGAUAUCCAAGAUUAGAUGUUAAACUUAUUGGAUAUGCCGCUUUUGCACCAAAGAAUUACAAUAAGCUACAACAACAAGAAUUAAGUGAUAAUUUACGUCGUCAACUAAAUUCUCAUCCAAAAUCCUCUAUCGCUACUGAUAUCGAAGCAACAACUAACUUAGCACCCACAGCAGACAACUCAUUGGAAUCAUCAGUUUCAACUGAACUCCUACACAAUCAUAGAAAACGUCAUUCACGUCAUUAUCACCAUGAAAUACCAGCCGAACAACAUACUCACGCAAAUCAUCAUCGUAAGCGACGCAAUGAUCAUUCACACCAUCCACAGCAUGAUCGUUACUUGCAUGCACUAAAACUCAGACAAGAACCGCAGCAGAAAUUGGAAAAAGUGGAUUGUUAAAUUCCUUAUCUUUUAUCUAUGAGAUAAUUUUUUGAUUUCUCUAAUUCGCUUUGGAGGCAUUUUUUAAUCUUAAACAUUCUGUAAUAAUUUUAUAAAUUAUUUCCUAUUGCCGUUCAUAUGAACUGCUAUAUAUUCCUAAUAGCACACUUAAUGUUAUAUAUUACUAUAUAUUGAUAUACGUAUAUCUUUAAAAGUAGAUUCCACACAAUCCACAUUAUCCACACUAAAUCAACAUAUCACGAUGUUAACUGUUAACUGCAAGUUAAUGUAUGUUUUAGGCGCAAAGUCGAAUUUUUCAUGUAAGGCACCAUUUACUUAAUAGCAAUACGUUAAAAGUAGUUUAUUAUAUAUAUAUACAUUUUAUUAUAUAUAUUACACAUAACCUAAAAAAAAUCAUUACAUAUGAGUAGCUUAAAAUUAUUUAAUACUGAAAUUUACAAAUUCAAUACGAGUACAAUUUAUUUAAUUGGAGUUUAUUAUUAUGCAUUUAUUAGGUUUUGCAAAUAUCUAAAACUUUAAAAUUGGAUUACUGUGAUUUAGAUACGAUAAAGCAAUUAAGCAAUAAUAUUUCGGAAAUUUAAAAAAAAAUGUUAAUCAGAGUUAAUAUUAGUUCUACAGGCGCAAUUUUAGCUUUUGCUAUAUAAAUUGUUUAUAUUCAAUAAAAUA